ACAUCAACAUAACCUAGAAAUCGGUCGGACAGUCUUUCUCGCUUGUACUUUCCACGUUAGAUUUUUCCCGUUCGUACCUUUAGUUUUCGCAAGUAUUCGCGUCAAUUUGUGUCCUUGUCAUUUGUCGAACGAUUCAAAUUUUCCAAUUCAAACAUGGAUCUAGAAUUUAAAGAUGUAGAGAACCCACCAACAGAUCAAAAGCGACACAAGAUCCGUAUUACACUUACUUCCAAAAACAUUAAGAGUUUAGAAAGUGUAUGUUCCGAAAUGAUCGCUGAUAUCAAGAAGAGGAAACUACCAGUUAAGGGACCUGUACGCAUGCCUACGAAAUUUUUGCGCAUUACCACCAGGAAGACGCCUUGUGGUGAAGGUUCUAAGACAUGGGACAGAUUCCAAAUGCGUAUUCAUAAAAGGGUGAUUGACUUAAAAUGCCCGAGUGACAAAGUAAAGCAAAUCACCAGCGUAAACCUCGAACCCGGCGUCAUUGCCGAAGUUAGCAUUGCUAGCGAGUGAUGUGUUUUUUAUAUAUAUAUAUAUAUAUUACUCCUGAUUGAUUUGUACGAUACGACAACUAAUAUCAUGUCUAAUAAAAAUUAAAAUAAUACAUCA